CCCUCGCUCACGGGGGCGAGAGAGAACUCUUUCUCUCUCUUCUCUCUCUCUCUUACACCCGUUUGACUCCCUCUCUCUUUCCCCUCUUUCCACCUCUCUCUCCUCUUCGACCAAGCCCUCGACAUCUCCAAAACCCUAGCUCAGAGGCGAUCGGAUUAGGCGACGGGGAUUGGACUCUAGGGUUUUUUUUUUGAAGGGGGGGGGAUGUUGGAUGGCGAUGGAGGAGAAAGAAGGUAAGGGGGUUGGGAUUCCAAAGGGGCUUAAUCGGAUCAGGACGCGGCGGAUCGCCGGGGAUGAGUCGCCGCCGCCACAGAGCGAUCGGGGCGGCGGCGGAGCUCGGGCUCCGGCCAGGGCCGGUAAGAUCGAUGGCAACGGCAAAUCAUGGAUAGGAGAUUGGAGAGGACUUCGUGAAGGAAUUGCACACUGGUUUAUAUCGGAAGGCACUUCCAAGAAGUCUAAUAAAGCCGACCAUUGUACUACUUCCUGCUCUAAGAUUCGUGAAUCAGAUUUUACAAUGCUCAAGGGGGAGGAAGAUUUGGGAUCCAUACGUUCUAUAAAAUGGAGAUAUUUUAGUGGAAAGCUAUCACUGCCAGAAAGCAGUUUCCUAAGAAAUGCUCCACAUGAGAAGAAAAGCUUUUCAUAUGAACUAGGACCAAGAGGUGGUAUUCCACUUUCUCGUCUCCGAACACACAGCUACAACGAUCUAAAGGAGAUUUGGCAAUCACUAAAUUCAAAAUUUGAUGAUGCCAAAGUAGUGGUGAAUGUAGAGCUAGCUGCAUUUGUAGAGGAUGUUUUAGAAGCAUUGGGAAAGGGCUUGCUAUCAGAAGCACAAAUAACAGCGGAAGAGUUAGUAAUUCUGUCACGGCAGUGUAUAGAGAUGUCCUUAUCUCAGUUUCGUGAAAAAUGUGAGAGAAUUGUUCAGGUUCUUACUGAAAUGAGGCAGCAAUCCCAAUCAGUUCUUGUGAAAAAACUCGUAACACGUAUGUUAUAUAUCUUAACACGAUGUAAUAGGCUUUUGCAACUUCACAAAGAUGGGGGGGAAAUGAAUGUGAAUUCCCUUGAAAAAUUCAGACGAUGCCUGGAAAGUGUUCCUAAUGUUGAAAUGAAAUGGGUUGAUAGUUCUGCGAAUGCUGAGAUUGGUUUAAAUAACAUUGCAGAGCGGCCAGACCUCUACAGACAUGAGAUAAAGGAGCAAACUGAGACUCCUAUUUGUUCGACAGGACGCUUUGAAAAUUUCAGUUCUCCUUGGACACAGAAAAUUCAGUAUACUACGUAUCUAUUUCACGACCAAGAAGGAUAUCAUGAAGGGUUAGAUAUGGUAAUAUGCAGGAUAUGCGAGGAGAACGUUCCAGCUUCUCAUUUGGAAUCCCAUUCAUACAUUUGUGCUUAUGCUGAAAAGUGUGUUUCAGAAGGUCUAGAUGUGGAUGAGCAGCUAGUAAAGAUUGCAGACUUAUUGGAACAAAUUGUGGAGUCAUAUAACACAAUUUUGGGUGAAUUAUGCAGCAGUCCUGAGAAUUCAAGAGUACAAAAUGCUAGCCUUACUCUUGAAUAUGAAGGUCAAUUACCUAAAGCACAAGAGUGGCACACUAAAGGUGCUGAAGGGAUGUUCGAAGAUUUGCAUCAGAUGGAUACUGCUUACCUAGAUGAUUCGCACAUUGCAUGCACUAAUAGUAUAAAAAGCCUAGCAGCAAUAAAACUAGGGGAGUUGAAUCUCACUUGUACCAGUGGUAGCCUAACUCCUGCUUCAUCAAUAAACACUCCAAAUGCAGGUCACUUUGACUUGUUUUGGUUAGAGCACAGCAAUCCAUCCCAGCAUGAGGAUGUGAAUCAGAUGAAUGAGUUGGCUGAUUUAGCUCGUAGAAUUGCACAUACUGAUUGUGCGAUAGAGGGAGCUGCGGGGUGUUUGGAUAUAUGGUUACAUAUUUUGCUGCAAAUUCUACGACAAGAGAAGCUUAAGGCUUUAGUGGUAGAUACAUUUGGAGGCCGAAUUAUGAAGUUGCUGAAGAAUAAAUAUCAGCUGGCUAUGAGAAUGGCGGAUACUAUCUGCUACAGAAGUAUGCUUCAAAGUGAACAAAGCAGAGGAUCUCAUAUUUUGAAUGGAUCUCCAUGUUUAUUAGCUCCUUUACAUUCCUCGCGCAAGGAAAGGACAAGUAUUGAAGAUUUUGAUAUCAUCAAACCAAUCAGUAGAGGAGCUUAUGGCAAAGUCUUUCUUGCACGAAAGCGGACAACUGGAGAUUUAUUUGCUAUAAAGGUACUCAAGAAAUUGGAUAUGAUACGGAAAAAUGAUGCUGAACGCAUAUUGGCAGAGCGGAAUAUUCUGAUUACUGUCAGAAAUCCUUUUGUGGUUCGUUUCUUUUACUCAUUUACUUGCCAAGAUAAUCUUUAUUUAGUAAUGGAAUAUCUCAAUGGAGGUGAUUUAUAUUCUCUACUUAGAAAAGUUCGUUGCUUGGAGGAAGGGAUAGCUCGCAUAUAUAUUGCUGAGCUGGUUCUUGCUUUGGAAUAUCUUCAUUCGCUUGGGAUCAUUCAUCGUGACCUCAAGCCAGACAACAUACUUAUUGCUCCUGAUGGCCACAUUAAGCUAACAGAUUUUGGACUAUCAAAGAUUGGCCUGAUUGAUAGUGCAAUUCACUUAAAUAGAUCUAGGACAACUAGUUCCAUCAUACCAGAUCCUCAGAAUCAGCAUGAUAGUCCGGCAAAUGCUAAUGGAAGGCAGAAAAGAAAUCGACGUUCUGCUGUUGGGACACCAGACUAUUUAGCCCCUGAAAUUCUUCUUGGAACUGCACAUGGUUAUGCUGCAGACUGGUGGUCUGUUGGGAUUAUAUUGUUUGAGCUUAUAACUGGUAUCCCACCGUUCACAGCUAGGCUUCCUGAGAUUAUCUUUGACAACAUUUUGAAUAGGAAAAUCCCAUGGCCUGCUGUUCCCGAUGACAUGUCAUAUGAGGCCAAAGACUUAAUUGACAGAUUGCUUUGUCAAGAUCAAGAUCGCCGUCUUGGAGCUAACGGGGCAUCAGAGGUAAAGGCACACCCAUUCUUCAACAAAGUUCACUGGGGCGACCUUGCUUCGCAGAAGGCUGCAUUUGUCCCACAUCCUGACAGUGAAGAUGAUACAAGCUACUUCAUGUCACGGUACCCAAAUAGUGUCCCCCGAACUCCUGAUGAAGAAAAUUCUAGUGAUUGUGCUUCUGAUGCUACUAAUUCUAGCUCAAAUACUAGCAGCGUUGGCACAACUAUGGAGGAAAAUAGUGAGUUAGCCGAAUUCGACUCCCACUAUUGUGUUGAUCUUUCUUCAAUCGAUUUCUCCUUUAAGAACCUGUCACAACUGGCAUCUAUGAACUACGAUGUCCUUCUAAAGAGCGGGAGAACAUCAAAGAAUUCAUCCCCAUCGAAGGCUGAAAAAUCUUAGGUCAAUACUCGUGCACAAAGCAAAAUCUCUUGCAGGAUUCUCGAACAUAUUUGUACAGGAUCUGAAAAUCAGGAUAGGUGGCUGUGAUGCGUCACGUGAUCACAAUGAGAUCAAAUUGCGGGGUGGUUGAGAUUUUGGUUGUUUAUAGUACAUAUUUCCAAUUUCCAACCUCGACGUCCAGCUGCAUAAUACAAGCAUAACCUCUCCUUAUCAGAAUUGGCGUACUCCGAUUCAUCACUUACAAGGCAACACAGCACCAAAAUAUACAUACACUCUAUGAGGCCCUUCUUUGUGUGUGUGUGUGUGUGUGUUUUUUCCUUUAUUUUUUCUCAUUUUUCUGUUCUGUAUCUGCCGUGCGUUUGUAUUACCCAGCAGGAACAUCCCUACUGUUGGCCGUUGUUACCUCAUAAAUCAACAUCUUGGGCUUAAACUCUUGCAAUGUAAAUAUGUAACUCUAGAGAUUUGCUUGAGAUGUUGAGGGCAUGGAUUAUUACUUAAGUAACUUACCUACAAUUUCAUGAUUUU